CGGGGGCGGGGGGGAGAAGGGGGAAGGGGGAAGGGGGAGAUCAAUGGGGGGGUUAAAACGCGUUUCCCGCCAACGAAUCUCGACCUUCAAGGCAACUGGCUGUCAAAGGGCCAUAGCAGUGGCUUGCGUCGUGAUGGGCUCCCUCCUACUCAGCUACUUCCUCUUCUCCUUCAGGGACUUCGUCGCCAGCGGAAAGUCAACGCCAGCGGAAAGUCAACGGUCAAAUCUCAGAAACGACAAGAAAAUGUUGAAUUCCCGCCAAGGAGACAAUGGUACUGCUGAGCUGGACAAGACUGACGAAGGCGGCCAUGGAUCUCUCCUCACAGGGGCAGCAGGUGGAGGUGCAGGAGGAAGAGGGGGAGGAGAGAGGGAGGAGAAGGGAGGAGGAGGAGGAGGAGGUGCAGGUGGAGGUGGGGAUGACAACGGGUAUAUCGGCGUGGAAGAAGCGCUGAAGACGAACAAGAACAAGGAGGGAGCGGGGGAGGAGGAGGAGGAGGGAGAGGGAGAGGGAGAGGGAGAUGGAGAGCGAGAGGGAGAGGGAGAGGGAGAGAAACGAGAGGACGACGUUGCAGUAAAGCCAAAGGAGGAGAAGGAAGCGGAGGAGAAGGAGGUGAAGGGGGAGAAGGAGGAGGAGGAGGAGGAGGAGGAGGAGGAGGAGGAGGAGGAGGAGGAGAAGAAGGUAGAGCUCGAGCAGGGGAGGAGCACGCGUAGGAGGAAGAGAAGGAUCAGCAGCAGCGGCGGAAAGCAGCAGAGGACGAAGCUGUCGAGCAGCUCAACGGAAAUCACCCAGGACGAGACCGAGACCGAGACCGGCACCUCCCUACCCCUCCUUCUCCACACCCUGCAUUCCGCCUCCCCAUGCUGCGUCGGGAUGGCCCACGUGGAGCUCUGGGGCAGCGUCGUGAAAUCCGGUCGUCGUCUGCGCAAGGACUCUGUAGAGGCCUGCUGCCUGGCCUGUCGCAACCUGUGUCCCGAUCCCGACGGUCCCAUGGUCUCCGACGGUCCGGACUGCAUGUGCGACGCGUGGGUGUACUGUGGCGACGAACGGCAGUGCGGGGACAAGUACAGGGAAUGCUGGCUGAAGAAGCAGGAUGACCCUCUGGUGCCGGAAAUCCACCGAGAGUCGCCAGACACCCCAUGGACCUCGGGAGUGAUUUACGGGGGUGGGAGGAGACUGGGGGUGGUGGGUCUGGAGACCUCUGUGGGAACCACCAUACACGUCAAGCUGCGUCCCGAGUGGGAUCCCCACACAGUCCACUACAUCUGGGACUUGUUGAACAUUCAUUAUUGCUCGGGCUGUCAGUUCUAUAGAGCAGAGCGGACUGAUGGCAGCCAUUGGCAAGGAGGAGGAGGAGGAGGAGGAGGAGGAGGAGGAGGAGAAGGAGGAGAAGAGGAGAAAGAGGGUAGGGAGCAUGAUGACCAUGAUGAUGCGGAGCGUAGAAUGAGAGUUUUAAGAGGGACGGCAGCAGGGGGGGCACCUGCACCUGCACGAUUGACUCUGCUUCAAGGGACUCUUCAGGCUGACGGCAUCAAAUUCCCCCAGAAAAGAAGACAACCCUUCUUCUCGCCAAUUACAAGGGGCAUGCUGUGUCUUAUCAAUCAAGGCCCGGACUUUGUGAUCAGUCUUGUGGACCACCCAGAAUGGAUUGGUCAGACCACAGUCUUUGGCUCGGUCCUGGAGACGGACAUUCCUCUGGUCAUGUCCAUAGCUGACAGACCCACAAAGGAGGCGACGUGGGGUAAGGUCAGCGUUCGAGUCCUUCAGGAGGUGGUGCCCUUUGGGGUUCAAAGGCCCAAACUGGAGCCCGAUGGGGGGUAAAGUCAGGGGUUCAAAUCCUUCAGGAGGGGGUGUGCGCUUUGGGGCUCAAUGGCCCAAACU